AUGUCUCAUAGAGUACGCAGAAGAAAUCGUGUACACAUAAAAGCGGAGAAUUUACAAAUCGGUAAUAACAAUACUCUGAAUAGAUCUGCCAGUAGCUGUUCGUUACAUACAUUGAACUGCUCAACAUGUGACUCUGUUGGUUUACGUCGAUCUGUUAGUCUUCUGGAAUGUAAUAUAUAUGAUGUGAAAGACAACAUUUCAACGGGUAAAAUGGAAAAUAGAAAUAAUCAUUCAAAUCUAAUUGACAUUAUAAAUAAACUAGAGUGGAAAGUGGAAGAAGUAAAUCAAAGACAAAUCCAGAUGAAUUCGCGACUGGACGAUUUCUAUUUAACCAACAGUAAAGAAAAGAACAAAGGUGGUAAAUUCAAAAAUGUCAUAGAGCGUUUGAAGAAAUUUUUUAAAUCUAAAGCCUAUGAGGGAGGGAAGGAAAACAAUGACAACAUUAUCUUGUGCUCAUCGUGCGGUCAGUUAGAAAUUCAAGAUCAGCAACCAUUAAAUGAGGAUGUUCCACAUGAACCACAACCACUUAGACGAGAAUAUUCACUAAACUGGCCACGAUUUACAAGAGCAUUAUAUUCUCAAGGCUGGCAACCAUUUAGAAGUGCAUUAUAUUCUCAAAAAUGGCAACCAUAUAAAGGGGAAUAUUCUCAAAACUGGCAACAAUAUAAAGGGGAAUAUUCUCAAAACUGGCAACCAUGUAAAGGGGAAUAUUCUCAAAACUGGCAACCAUAUAAAGGGGAAUAUUCUCAAAACUGGCAACCAUGUAAAGGGGAAAAUUCUCAAAACUGGCAACCAUGUAAAGGGGAAUAUUCUCAAAACUGGCAACCAUAUAAAGGGGAAUAUUCUCAAGACUGGCAACCAUAUAAAGGAGAAUAUUCUCAAGACUGGCAACCAUAUAAAGGGGAAUAUUCUCAAGACUGGCAACAAUUUAGAUGUGAAUCUGUCCAAGAUCAGAGACAACUUAGUGAUGACGUAUACAAGUACUUACGUUCACGAGAUCUUGGCAGAAACUACGAUUUCGAUCGUAAAAUAGAUAAUCAUGAUCCGUGUUUUUUAUGGGAAUUUGAUUCCAGUUUCAACUUAACACUAAUCCAGAAAACAUCUACGAAAACUCUAAUGAAUAUAAAAUAA